GAUGAUGUCAGUGACGUGAAAGCAUCGGGAUGAAACUACCCAAUCGCAUCUAAUGCACGGUCGUUUAUUACUUUUCGGAAUCGCUAGAUGCCUAUUUUUUUUGACAUAUUGCCAAUUGUUAUGUUUUCCUUUCACACUACGCGUUAUUAACGUUCCAUUCGUAACGCGAUUAAUUUUGAUACGAAAUGACAGGUAUUCACUUUCGAUUAGAUUGACCGAUAUCUUCCAUGUCACACGUGUAUCUCAUCGGUUUGAAAUUGAUCCAAUCCGAUAAUGUAAUGAGAAUGACUAGUUUUUGGAGAACAGCAGAAAGAAAUUCAUCCGAUUUUUGACAGAAGUUUUUCAUUCGCUUUUACAAACAAAUUCCUGCGAGAGCAAACGUGUUAUGGAUUUUCGUUGACGUUAAAUAUAGCAUUGACAAGCAUAGCUCGUAAUGGCAGCGAAAGGGAAUCUCGACAUUGUAAUUCAUAUAUAAAAAUGUAUAUAAAAGAUAAAUAAACUGUGGAAAUUGUAAAUAUGUUGGCUUGAUUGUCAGAAUGCAAGAUGAGAUUCAAUAAGCAAGAACUAUUAACACUAGCCACGCAGCCUUCACAGAAAUUUGAGAAAGAAGGUGUCCUGUAUGUGAGAGAACGACAAGAAGGUUUCUUUCGCAGAACAGAAAGUACGGGUAAAAAACCCGAGAACAAAAAUCAGAGAGGAAGAUCGCAUAAGAGUCUACGAAACCUCAAUUGCGUUACAGCUGGCGCGAGCAAAGUAAGUCUCGAACGAUGGUGCAGAUUGCGAGGCAAUCUUUUGUUCUAUUUCAAAUCGCGGGAGCAGUGGUCGGAGCCGCUGGGGGUGAUCAUAUUGGAGCAGUGCACGGUCCGCGUCGAUCCACCCAGCAAUCACGUCCCCUAUGGAUUCAGUAUAGUUUUCGACGGAGGCUUGUUUCAACAGUUAGGCGCCAACACGGCCGAGGAACGGGACAGUUGGUUGCAAGCAUUGCAGUUGGCCAGUUACGAGUGCAUGCGAAGCCAAUUAUUAUCAUUGCGACAGCGCAUCGAGGCUUUCAGCGAACACAAGCACGACACUGACAUUCAAAUGUUGCGGUUGCAACGUGGAACUUUCACAGAUCCGGCGGAGGUACCAAUGUGUGAGAUAUCACUAGCCUGCGAUAAUCUAUUAUGCGAUGGACACGGCCGACCACCUACUCCCGUUUUAGAGAUAGAUGUACAAUCGAAAUCUUCCAAGACUUGGAUUAAAUAUGCACGGACGGAAGUCGUUGAGCGAAGUAGUAAUCCAAAUUUUUUAACUACGGUAAGUUUCCGAGCUAGCGAUGGUUUGACUACUGAAACAAAAAUUAGAAUAACUGCAUAUGACGUCAGGGAAAAAGUUAGCCAGACCGCAACUCCGAUAGGAAGCGCGAUAGUAAUAUUUAACACAGUACAAGAUACUCCGAGAUUAAGGAUACCAUUAAAAUCAGCGAGAACAACAACAGUCGGAUUUUUAACGAUUAAUGUAUGGAACUUGGAAGCCGAAGAUAAAGGAAAUAGCACGGAAAGUACACCAUCACGGAAUGCGGUAUACGGCAGUAACAAUCAACAACAGUUGCCUUCGCACAGGCGCUCUCAAUCCUUACCUCCAAGACUAGGAACGAAAAUCAAGUUUCCACAUCAAGGCCAGUUAAAACUUUUGUUUGCAAAUCCAUUUGUACAGACUUAUAGAUUCCACUCUGGACUGGGCGGUGAUAUAUGCGUACACGAGAUUAUGGCGGAAAGCAAGCUCUGUUUUCAAUUUCCCCAGCAUUUAUUGGGUAUUUGGAUACAGGAGGAAAAGGAAUUGCUACAAGAGGUAGCUGGAAUGGGAGAAUUGAGGGAGCCAUGGCAUACCAAGCAAAUCGAAUUGCUCGAUCGUCAUCUUCAUUUGUUACAUUUAUAUUCUCAAGCCAAAGAAAACUUAGCUGCUUACAAAGGAAGUUAUUUCAAACAGUCAUCGCGGAAGAAUGAUCGCACUCUUGAAUUCGCGCCUUUAAAUUUGCAUCUUCAAAGAAUGUGGGUUCACAAUGAUACAUUGAAUAAAUGUGGAUUUUACGAUUUUAUUAGCGUAGGAGCGUUCACUGCUCAUUCCCACAAAAGCAAAAACGGCGGACUCAUAAGAUUGGUGCAAGCACUAAAAGAAUCGCCCAUGCGAAGUAAUCAACUCUAUCAGGGAACAUCCAAGAUUACAAUGGCACAUGACGCGAUUCAAGCAAUCAAACAAUUACGUCGGGACGUUGUAGAGGCAAUGAGAUCCUUGAUGAAGCUCGCCAAGGAGAAACAAACGAGCGGCAUGCUGCCAAUAUGUGAAGAUAUGAUCACGAAAACUAGAAUCUUACUUAGUCUCUGGGAUCCGGGCUUGGUAGAAGAGGCAUUAACAUUUCUGGAAGAAUAUAAAGUUGCGAAGGUUCAGGAAGAUUCCACGACAUCAACCACAACAUCGGAUGACACUUUGACGUUAGAUUUCAAAGUCAAUCAAUCCUUGUCACCAUUCAAACGGAUUACCCAACAGUUGAAUUUUGAUUUGAGAAGUCCUGAUUUUGAUGAUUUUGUUACGCCUGAUACUCCCGAAUGCAUGCAAGAUAUUUGGUCCAAAAGUAGCAUUAAAAAUGGCGAAUACGCUCCUAUAUCGUACUCAAGAAAUGAUGCACCCAACAAUAACGCCGGCGAGGGUGACGUUGCAGAAGAGAAUUUCGUAAUAUUUCCGGAUGUAGAGGACUAUCCUAAGCAAACAGAAAUGGAGCAAACUGACGAGAAUCUUCAGCGAAAUUACGAUAAUGAAAAAAAAGAUAAUUACGAUGACGAAAAGGAAGAUUUGAAAAAUGACGCUGAUCCGUGCAAGCGUUUUCUAGAUACUCAAAAGAUGUGCAAUUCACCGUCUGCAAAUUAUUACAAACCUACAGACGAGCCGGAGCCGUGGGAUCUCACUCAAUUGAACAUCGAGGCAAGUGUCAUGUGUCUCGUGUCAAAGGUGAAAUUUCUCUGCGGCAGAUGCAGUAGUCCAGCUGUAAGAUUACGUAACAAAAGUAGCUUAAGUAGGUCGCAGAGUCUCAAAGGUUGUCUACCGAGUAAUCGACAUAACGCCGAAGUCGUUACUAUUCAGCCGAAGAACGGACUUAAGUGCGAGGAAUCGAAUAAAUUACUGGAUGAGUCGAAUGAACAGCGGCAAUCCAGUCCUGGAUUAGAAAAACCGGCGUUUUCCAAAGCGAAGGAAGGAAUAACCGAUAUUUAUUGUAACUCGUCUUCCAAUGAAGUGUGCCAAGCGGUCGACUCAAUGACGCGAGUGAUCAAAAGUAAUUCUGGACAGAGAAAUAAGUUCACCGAGGGUUUGGAUUUCGCAUCAAUUGUCGAUUGGACGAGUGAGCUGAGGCCGAGCAUGAAGAAGUUACGGCAAGCUAUGGAUGGACUAUUAAAAACUGCCAGACUAACACAUUCGGUGUUUCGUGUACAGGAAGAUUCAAAAGCGGCGCAACGCGCGUGUAACGUUCGCUAUAGACGAGAUGUUUGCUUCAGUCAAGCACUAACUGCCUUGGUAACCGGCAUAAUGGCGAAACUAUGGUGCCAACGACCUGAUCCAAUGUUUCUAUUAAUACUAACAACUUUGGGACCAUUAGUUUCCUUCGAAGGCCUUCUUAGCUAUUACGGAGACGAGAUAGAUAUGUGGGGUGACAUGGCUGUAGCAGUCGAAGAUACACAUACCGUCACAUUCACUCUGUCCAGAUGUGGUAUCCAACACAGAAUUGGGGGAAACUCUAACACAUUUCAACUUCCUUCACCGCGCGUAGUAGGAUCACGGAGUGCAUUGACGGUGAUACUUCCAGUUCCGGAUGCGAUUUAUUCGCUUUUGCCAUUAGUGCCAUCCUCCCGACAAACGUUAUCGUUCAACGUGACUCCGGUAUUUUUCAACAUUGGCAUCAACGAGAUGGCUUCCUUGGCCGAAAGUCUCGGCACUACGAAACCGCAAGAAAAAAGCAAUAUGGAUAACUUUGACAGGCUGAAUGAGUAUUAUUUGAGAUUUAAGAAACUGAAUCUACCAACGGAACCUACAUCCACGCGUUUUGCUGCUAGAUCCAUCCUAGGACAUACAUUGUCGGAUAUGAUGGCCAAUUUAAAAAUGUGCGUGCAAGAGAAAGUCAACAAGAAUGUAGAGAUAUUGCAAUUAUCCUCGCAAAUAUGUCGAAAAAUGCGCGGUUUGAGAUUCACUAGCUGUAAAAGUGCAAAAGAUCGGACCGGUAUGUCGAUUACUCUUGAACAGGUCAAUAUACUGUCAUCAGAAUAUCAUUUGGCUGAGGAUGAAUACAUGAGAGCCCUCGAUUGUAUGCGAAGCGAGGGCUGCCGCCGGGAAAAUACGUGGAAGAAUAUAGGUGUACGUAAGUACGCGUUUAAUAGUUUGCAGAUUCUGACGUUGCCCAGACUCUAUCGACCGCCGACCGGCACGUACGGAUCUGCCCAAUCUUAAGAAAUCCAAUUAGCGUCAAGUACGCAUGUAUUACGUAUUGACUCUUUCUGGCUGUGUAAUCACGGAUUAAUUUCCGUAGUAUGUGCUAAGUAUGUAGUACUUAUUAAAAAGUAAGAAAUAUUGAACGUCGAAAUCGCCGUUCAAAAGAAAAAUAAUUCUUUAGAGAAUUUAUUGGGGACACGCGACUGGCACACGACUGACAUGUGUUAGGCAUACGAAAUGCAAUCAGGGGCGUAGCAAUAGAGCGUAGCAAAAAGAAAGUGAUGCUUCACGUUAAAUUUUUCCUUCCUACGUAUUCUAAGAUUCAAGUAAUUAUUAGCUAUAUAAUUAUAGCUAUAUAGAAAUUACAAGUUUUGUUGUCGAGCCUAAUAACAGUAGCUGUCCCCUUCUCUUGAAAGCGCUCUGUAAGUGCACUAUGUAAGUGCAUUAUUAUCUAAAUUUGCAACGCAGAGUAAAUGCGAAUGCAAGUUCAAGUAUGCCACAAAAAAGUAAACGGUAAAUUACUUAGGUAAUACGUAUUGUAAUGAGAUUGGCUGGCAUUAUGCAGAAAAUGAAUCGGAUUAGAAUAAAAACUUUCCUAUCGAUUUUUUUUCAUUCACUUCUUGACUCUUGAGUGAUUCUUCCAGUGUCAUUAAAUAGCAGUUAUUUUUUGUUUUUAUUUUUUCUACGGUGCAAGUUUUUAAUUGUAAUCCGAUUUACAUCAUUUAUUUCAAUCAGCAAUUGUUGACGAAUUUUUGCAAUACAAUGCUUCGAAUAUCAUAAAUGCUAAACAUCCAUUUGAUGAUUUUCAUUUCAUGAAGAAUGAUAAAUCAUUAUUAUAGCAAUUUCUAUCUCAGAUUAGCAUCAUUGCACCAUGAUUGUUAGCGCUUGUCCUAUUCGCAAAACAUUGGUAUUGCAAAAAUCUUUAUUGCAUUUAUUGAAUCGUGUUUGACGAAUUUGUUGAAUUGGCGAUUAUUCGCCUUUAAAAGAAUAAAUAGCUCGGUGCCAUUUUUUUGCCAUAUAAUUCACGAACAAAUAUCCGAUAAUAUUAAUGUCAUUCGAAGAAAUUUGCGAGUUCGCGUAAAUGUUAUUUGAGAACAAAUAGCGUUGUAUUUAACGGGAAAACGCUAUUCUUUCUUGCAGAAAUCUGCACGUAUGUGGAAAAGUGUUCGUUAUAUCCAACACUUUAUUGUACAAAAGAUCCAAAACAUGAAUAGACAUAUAGUCAUUUCCAUCAGUCCGAUUAAGUUAAUCUAUUAACACGUUACCGUAUCCAUAAAUAUAGACGGUAGAUCCCAAUUGGAUUAGAAAUAUAUUG